AUGAUAAAUAUUUUCCCAUUAAGUUUAUUGUUAACAGCCAAAGGAUCAGAUGUGGUAAUUGAAGUUAAAGCUGGAGAUACAUAUGAUGGUAAAUUAGAAUUAUUAGAUAAAUUUAUGAAUGUUAAGUUGACAAAUGUUAAGCAUACUUCAAAAGAUGGGAAUUCAUUUCAUGGAAUCAAAGAAUUACUCAUUAAAGGAAAUUCAAUUAAGUAUUUUAGAUUGAAUCCUGAUGCUGAGAAAAAAGCUUAAGAGGAGGCUGAGAUAUAUGAGUAGCAAUAAUAGUAAAAAUAAUAAAAGUUAAAUGAAUAAAAAUAAUAAAGAAAAUCAUAAAAUUAAAAACCAAGAGGAAAAUCAUAUCCUUAAAAGCAACCUUAAUAAAGAAGAUGAGUUAUUUAUUUUAUAGUAAUGCAUUAAAUAUUUUUAUACAUAA